AUGGCUGGCACUAAGCGCAAGUCUGCAGUCAAGGACACUACCGCUACCGACACGGGAGGCGGGCGUCGGCGGUCGCUGCGCGUCAGCUCAUCGGCGCAGAAAAGCCAGUAUUUUGACGCGGAUUCCGAGUCCGAGGCUGAUGCGGGUGAUGAGGUGGUGUCGAAGAAAUCCCGCGGGAAGGGCCGGCCUGCGAAGAAGGCCAAGGUCGAAGUUGAGUCCGAGGGCGACGACGGGGACGAUUACCAGGACGAACCCCAAGACGCCGAGCCCGAAGACGAGGAUGAAGACGACGACUCCGACGACGACGCACCGCCCCAGGUAACCUUCAUCCCGCUUCCCAAGCUCCGCGACACAGGCGGCAUCGAGUACGCCGACGACCGACUGCACCCCAACACCCUCGCGUUCCUCCGCGAUCUCAAAGCCAACAACAAACGCUCCUGGCUCAAGUCCCACGACGCCGAAUACCGCCGCGCCCUCCAAGACUGGGAAACCUACCUCACCACCCUCACCACCCACAUCACCACCAUCGACCCCACCAUCCCGGACCUCCCCUUCAAAGACAUCAACUUCCGCAUCUACCGCGACAUCCGCUUCAGCCACGACCCAACCCCCUACAAACCGCAUUUCUCUGCCGCCUUCUCCCGUACGGGCCGCAAGGGCCCCUAUGCGUGCUACUAUGUGCAUGUGGAACCGGAUGGGAAGUGUUUUUUGGGGGGCGGAUUGUGGCAUCCGGAUGCGGGGGCGUUGAGGAGGUUGAGGGAGAGUAUUGAUGAGAGGCCGGGACGGUGGAGGGGAGUUUUGGGGGGGAGGGAGUUUGCGGGGACGUUUUUGGGGUUGGAUGAUGGGGAAGGGAACACCAAGGAGAAGGGGAAGAGUGGGGGGAAGAAAGGGGGAGGGAGGAAGUCAGAUGCGGUGGAAAAGGAAAAGGACGAGGGACUGACGUGGGAAGAGAAGACGGUCAAGGCGUUUGCGGAGAGGAACAAGGACGGCGCGCUCAAGACACGGCCUAAGGGGUUCAACCCCGAGCACCGGGAUAUGCAGCUGCUGAAACUGAAGAACUUCACCGUUGGGAAGAAGCUUGAUGAUGGGGUGUUUACGGACGAGGGGGGGCAGGAGGUUGUGGCGGGUGUGGUGCGGGAUAUGUUUGAGUUUAUCACCCAUCUCAACCGCAUUGUCAUGCCGGAUCCUGGUGAUGAUUCGGAUUCUAAUGAUGAAGAUGAAGACUAA